CCUGGUGCAGAUAUUUAUUGCAAGCACAUCGCUUGUAGCUUACGACUGACAGCUCUGAAGCAGAAGAAACGUGUGUUAUUUUUGCAACUUCUUUGGUCUGUUGCAGCGGGCUUACUUUACCCUCCCUUGACUAGCUCGAUCUAUGACAUACAAGCUGUAGACUUGCCUUGCAAAAAUUGAGGAGGAAACAUCACGCAAAACUGUGGAUCAGGUGUUGGGAUUAGAGCAAGAAUCGGCGCCAGGCACAGAAGAGCUAACUGAGGAGAUGAAGCGCCCUGACACCUUGGGUGACAGGAUAUGGCGGUCAGUCGAUAAGAGCGUGGACCAGAGGUACCGCGGCGUGCUGCUGGUGGUGUCCAUCCCGGUAAUUCUAAUCCUGGCGGUCAUCACGCUGGUGCCACGUUCAACGCCUUUCCACGCGGAGCGCACCCACACGCUGAAGGAGCUGCGCCAUACAGGCGCGGCGCCAAAGUUCGCGAUUGUGUUUGAUGCGGGCAGCACAGGCAGCCGCAUCCACGUGUUCAAGUUUGAGCAGGCCGGCGGAGAGCUCAAGCUCAUUAGCGACACCUUUGAGCAGCUGAAGCCCGGGUUGAGCUCCUUCGCGGACUCCCCCGAGAAGGCGGCCGCCUCCCUGCAGCCACUAAUUGACACCGCGCUGAAGACGGUGCCCCAGAACUUGCAGAGCUCCACUCCCAUCUCCCUCAAAGCCACGGCCGGCCUGCGCCUGCUGCCCGGUGAUAAGGCUGACAAUAUCCUGAAGGCCGUGGAGGCGCUGCUGCGGAAGCAGCCCUUUAAGCUUGCCCCUGGGGGCGUGGCCAUCAUGGACGGCAAGGACGAGGGUGCGUUCGCCUGGCUGACGCUCAACUACCUCCUUGGCCGCCUGUCUGGGCCGGUGGGCAAGACCGUGGCUGCCAUUGACAUGGGUGGCGGCUCGAUUCAGGAGGCGUUUGCGCUGGAGGACACGAAUGCAAAACUGGCGCCCACGGACUACGUUGUUCAGCUGCACGGAGGCGGCAAGACCUUCAACGUGUACGUGCACUCGUACCUGGGCUACGGCCUCAUGGCCGGCCGCGCCAAGCUGAUUGAUGCCGGCGAGAAGGGCAAGCCGCACAGCUGCAUCCAUGAGGGCGCUGCCGGCACGUACGCCUACGCGGGCAAGGAGUACACCUUCUCGGGCGGCGAGACGGACUUCGAUGCGUGCGCCGAGAUCGGCGGCAGCGCGCUGCAAGCCAACUUGACCUGCGGCACCAAGCCGCAAACGGAGUGCUCUUUCAACGGUGCGUGGCGUGGCAACGGCCUAAGCAAGGGCCGUGACUACUUUGUGUCGUCGUAUUUCUGGGACCGCGCCUCCGAGACCGGCAUUAUUGAGGAUGAGCAGGCGGCUAUGUGGGAGGUCACCGCGCGGGACUUUGCUGACAAGGCCGAUGAGGUCUGCGUCCAGUCCGUGGACGACAUUGGCAAGGUGUAUAAGAAGGUGCAGGGCGAGAACACCAAGUUCCUGUGCUUGGACCUGACCUACUGCCACGUCAUGCUGACCCAGGGCUUCAAGCUGGACGAGAAGAUGAAGCUGACGCUGGUGAAGCAGGUGGAAUACAACGGACAGCGCAUUGAGGCGGCGUGGCCCCUGGGCGCUGCCAUUAACGACCUCUCCUCGUGAACCGAGAUGAGCGCGGAUGAGCAGACUGAGUUGUGAGCGUGAUCCGCGCAAAGCACGCAACAGUGAGCGGGAUGCAUAAGUAUCUUGACCGCGUGAUCGUACAUGUGUACACUCCGUGUGAAGAUGAUGUUUGAAGAGUUGUGCCUAGCGUAAGGGGUUCGAUGGGCUACACAGAGAGUUGGUGCGGGUGACAGCCGUAAGAACAGAGCGGCGGCGAACACCGAGCAAGGUGCUGAGAUACGAGCAUUCGUUGGUGUCAAGCGGUAGAAACACAAUAGAACUUGAGGAAGAUGUUGGAGGGAUUCUAUGGGCGGCGAGAGUGGGCGCUCACGCAGAGCCCUCCAUUGGUGGCGUGCUGUAGUGCUGGGGAUGCGCAGGGAUGUGGCGGGUCGAGAAGGACCGGCUCGGCCCCUGUGGUAGCAUGGCGAUAGACUCAUUCAUCAAGCGCUCGAAAGAACCUGUAAACUCGGGAACGA